GGUAUUUUCAUCUCGGUGCCUAUCUUUGUCGGGACUUGCACAUAUCACGCUUGAGAAAUAUGUAUCAUAAGAUUCGACUUGUCACGACCAUCAGCGUCCAAAUGAAUAACUUACAACAUAUUAUUAUUAAACUGCACCUAGGUGUGCCUGCUCUUAGUUGCCAACACGAACAGGAAGGCGCGAUGGGUGAAAUCCCGUUAUCUACUGCCAGCUACCACCAGGGAAUAACAACACCACCGUCCUUCUCUUCUAUCUCCAGGAUUAAUCCAAAGAGUGCGUUAUUUCUCUGCGGAUGCCCGCAGUGUGCAUUUUUAGUUUUUGAUUAAUACCAGCAUGGCUGCCCACGAACGCGGUUUGGAUCCAGUCGAAGAUGAUCAGGAACACCACACUUUCCUGCCGCCAUUCAUAAAGGAUGAUUCGCAGCGCGGACACUCGGCCUCGACAGGCUUAGAAUCGAGCGAUGGAGGUUCGAUAUACAACGCUCACAUAGCAACCGGCAAUGAUGGCAACGAGGCACUAUCAGAGAACCAACCCGAAAAUAACACGCUUGGAGAUAUGGAUCCAGCCAAUAUUGCCAUGCUUUACUCUGAUGAAACAGAUCGUGCACCAGGCCAGUUAUUUAGUAGGUCACCUGGUGGUUCAUUACCGGAUCCUCAUAAACCUCCUGCUGCUCACCUGGCCGAUAAGCUCCGGACGUCUUCGGCUGGAGAAAUAACGGCAUGGUCCUUGCCAGGCGGAUUAUCGGCUUUCCACGAAGAGCUGGAACUCAGUACAGCAAGUGGAGAUGUCUCCAGCAAUGUCCAGGUCAGUCCUGCUCUGCCGGAAUAUCCACCACCUGUCCGAUCACCCACGCCUCCAGGCCUUCCAUCUUUUGGCACUGAGGAAGCCAGAUCAUACGACUUUCGAAUUGGGGCCCGGCGCCCGAUCGAGAAUCGUAACGUGUCCCACUUUCGCCAACUUUUUAGAAGCCGUUCCCCGGGUCGUUCACCAUCUGAGGGUAGCCGACAGCCACGUACUCAGCAGUUAGUUGCGGAGGAUGGGACUGCUGUCCUAGGUAGCUUCCCCCAACGACAAAGUGGCCACGGUUCCAAUGUAUUGAGUAAAACAAACGACAAUCCAUUCCACCAGGGGAAUCUACCUUUGGCUCAGUCCGACGGUGCAAGUAUACGGGACAAUGACGCCGCGUCUGAAGGCCAAUCUCCUUAUUCUGCCGCUGCCGAAGAUACUUUGAAUUCGUUGAGUGCGAAUCUACCUCCGUUGCAGACACAACCUACAACUGCACCGAAUUCGAUGUUGCUUGCCUCAGAUCACGGUGGCAAGAGACCUGAAUCGUACUAUACUUGUGUAUCUCGAGUAUACGAUUCCCACUCUCCAUUGCGGGUCGCUAUGCCGGGUCACUCGAAUCUCACUGAGCAAUGCCAUCUGGCGCCAACACAGUCUGCCGCACCAACCAGUCCACAAGACCCUGGGACGCCUGAAAGAAACAGCUAUAGCAAAUUCUCGAAUCUACUAGGCCACUGGGAGAUGCUCGUAAAGCAAGGGAGAUCUAUAUUUUGCUGUUGCUGGGACUCGGAACGAGGUGCAUCAGAAACCGGUGAUUCAGCAGAUGCUCUCAACCCACACACGACGAACACGACUACUCAAGACACGUAUGUAACCGCGCGUGAUAAUAUCUCGAAUGAGACUCCACAGGCUCGGACUCAAAUAGUCCCUGUUCCUGGAAACCAAUCUAGACCAUGAAGCUUGUGGGUAUGCGCAACUGGCAUACAUCAUUUUGAGAUUCGGGACAUUUUAUCCUUACCUACGCUUAUAUCCCAAGAUCCAUGUUUAGCUAAUGGGCGCCAUUGAAGAGAACCUUUGGACUUAUAGAAUAUUGGGUGAGGACUGGGUGUUUUCCUCAUAGUCACUUCAUUGCUGUAACUAACCACCUAUCUUCAAUAAAGCCAUGAUUCCUCUACUGAUUUAUCAG